GAAAACAUCAAGAAAGUCAUGGGGCAGAAGUACAGAAACUUGAAGACCUCAGUAGAAAACAAAAGGGCGCAAAGAACCAAAAACAAGCAGAACCGCAAUUCCAUUCAAAUUUUGUAAAUUUAACAGCGGUCCCUAUCAAUGAGCAGGAGGCAGAAAUACUGAGGAAAGGUCUUAAACACAACAUCACAAACUAUGAUAAAAAGAAGGAAAUGGAGCACACCAUUGUGGACACAGAAAUGGCUAUAGCAUUGAUCCCAAAAGAAGAGCAGGAUCACACCAGGCACCUAUGUAGGCAUAUAAUCGAAAAAAAUGCAAAAUCCAAUGACAAAAGAAAGCA